CAUUAGUACGUCCGCGCGCGCGUGUCAGUGCUGAGACGAGCGCUAGAGGAGGCAGCAGUGGCGCAUCUCACAUAUCCGCCGCUGGAAUAUAACGGCUGCUUUAGGAUGUGAACGGGUCUCGGCCUCGUCACCGGCCAAAGCUUCUGUUUUCCCAUGACAAACAGAUGCGAGAGGAGAGCGACCGCGCGCGAGAGUGAAUGGUACAGGGGAGCGGAGAGAUCCUCGGUAUUAUUAUGAGAAAAGAGGACGGGGUUGUCGGAGCCGUAUUUGUUUUGCUCGCGGAGAUGAGGCGGGGGGUAGCGAGUCGCUACAACAUCGUUGGGCUCCGGCCAAGCAUUACUCUGUUUUAGCACAUAUACCGCCGCGCUUACGUUUUCAUCGUCAACUGACUCGUUCGAUCCUUACGGUUUGCAUCGCAGAAAAAUAAUGCCGCUGUCUCGAGGACAUCUGUGAGAUUUACGGACUGCUGUUGCCGCUGUCAUGACAGACGCAGGCUUUACCGAGCAGGCGGUGUGAGAGAAGCUCGGCCCCAGCUGCGUUUACCGGGGGAGAUUAAAUCUGUAAAUACUGCUCGCGUUUUUCCUCUUUAAUCGUGUUAAUCGUCUCAGGGAAAAUGUCCUCUCGGUCUGCUUUACCGUCUGCGAACGACCGGAGCACAGAUCAUCAUGCGUCUUUGGUGGCGAGUCGUUCAGAGAAGGGAACAAAUGUGUCGAGUCGUUCACUGGGUGCGAGAUGUCGUAACUCCAUGGCUUCUUGCUCAGACGAGCUGCCACACAUCGGAAAUUACCGGCUCCUCAAAACCAUCGGCAAGGGCAACUUUGCUAAAGUCAAACUAGCCCGCCACAUCCUCACGGGCAAAGAGGUUGCAAUAAAGAUUAUCGACAAGACUCAGUUGAACCCAACCAGCCUCCAAAAGCUGUUCAGAGAGGUGCGGAUCAUGAAGACUCUCCACCACCCCAACAUUGUCCAACUCUUUGAGGUUAUUGAAACAGAGAAGACGCUUUAUCUUGUGAUGGAAUAUGCAAGUGGAGGUGAGGUGUUUGACUACCUGGUGUCUCAUGGGAGAAUGAAAGAAUUAGAGGCUAGAGCCAAAUUUAGACAGAUUGUGUCAGCUGUUCAUUACUGUCAUCAGAAGAAUAUAGUUCACAGGGAUCUGAAGGCAGAGAAUUUGCUAUUGGAUGCAGAUGCUAACAUAAAGAUAGCAGACUUUGGCUUUAGUAACGAGUUUACGUUGGGGAAUAAGUUGGACACCUUCUGCGGUUCCCCACCUUACGCAGCUCCAGAGUUGUUUCAAGGAAAAAAGUAUGACGGGCCAGAGGUGGAUAUCUGGAGCCUGGGGGUCAUUCUGUACACGCUGGUCAGUGGGUCGCUUCCUUUUGAUGGACAGAACCUCAAGGAGCUGCGUGAGCGAGUGUUGAGGGGGAAGUACCGUGUGCCCUUCUACAUGUCCACAGACUGUGAGGGGAUUCUGCGCAGGUUUCUUGUGCUCAAUCCCAGCAAACGUUGCACUCUAGAGCAAGUGAUGAAGGAUAAGUGGAUGAAUGCAGGGUAUGACAGCGAUGAGCUAAAGCCUCACACUGAACCAGCAGAGGACUACAGUGACCCCAACCGCAUUGAGAUUAUGGUCGGGAUGGGUUUUACUACAGAAGAGAUUAAAGACUCUUUACUUAAUCAGAAAUAUAAUGAAGCCACAGCUACAUAUCUAUUGUUGGGGCUGAAGACUGAGGAUGGCGCUGAGUCACGAGUUAGUGGCAGUAUGACUUUGCCACGUGUACGUCCAACCCCAAUUACCAAUGGAACCAACAAACACUCCUCUUCAUCAUCAUCUUCCUCAUCCUCACACAGCAAGACUCAGCGCAGCGCCUCUACCUACCACCGCCAGCGACGGCACAGUGACUUCUGUGGUCCCAGCAUGCCUGUGAUGCACCCUAAGCGUAGCCCGACCAGUGGCGGAGACCGUGAGCUGCGUGAGAGCCGCAUGCCACCGAGGAAGGCCAGCUGUAGCGUAAUGGGCAGUCGGACCCUACCACCAUCUAGUCCAAUGGUCAGCACCGCCAACAACCCUAAUAAGGCUGAGAUACCUGAUCGACGCAAGGAGAUGACCGCCACCACUGUGAGACCACCACUUUUAUCAUUUAUACUGUAUACAUACAGUACAUACAUAUACACACACACACACACACACACUUUGCUGCAGAAUGGCAAAGACAACAGCUCCCUGUCUCACCGCCUCCCUCCCACCUCUCCCUCCACUCUCAGUAUUGUCGGAGCGGGAGCAUCCUCCUCCUCUUCCUCAGGUGAGCGCUGUCGGCUGACGCGUGGAUCCACCAUCCGGAGCACCUUUCAUGGGGGUCAGCUCCGUGACCGUGUCCCGCCCACCUAUGGCCCUCCACCCACAUCGCCCACCCUCAGCCAUGACGCUGGAGCCCUGCCAUCCAAUGCCCGCAGCCGGGCCACUUCUAACCUGUUCAGCAAACUCACCUCCAAACUCACACGCAGGGUCUCAAAUGAAUCUGAGGGAGUCAGCAGAUCUUCGGUCACAGGUGGCCAUUUAUCUGGGGAUCAGAAAGCGUCCGAGCCCUGGAGCGGGGGAGGGGGGUGGGAUGUAAGGGGUCAUCUCUCCCGUCCCCCCCGGGCCCCUGCAGAAGUGGUACUGGCCUUGCAUGAGGCAGCGAGGGGAUGCGGCUGCCAGGUCCGGCACGCUGGCCCGUUUCUGCUGUGCUGCAGUCAUGGGGCAGCAGGGUCAAAGGUCGCUUUCCAAGCGGAGGUGUGCCAACUGAGUGUGGGUCCCUCAGAGGCAAAGGGAGUACGCUACACACGCCUGUGGGGGGCCCCCCUCGCCUUCAGGCACAUCGCAUCGCAGAUCUCUAAAGAGGUGGAGCUCUGAGGGGACAGGGGAGGAGACUUGAAUAUGAGACGUCCCCUCACUAUAUCCGUCAUUAUAGCGAACUGACGUUGACCCACCCACUUAUGUGUUAUAGACUUAAAACAACAUCUGAUCCCUCCUCCAGUCAACACUCAACACAAACCGAAACUAAACACACAUACACAUAAACAAACACAGUCACCUUAAAAGCACGGGACACUCAAACCUGACAAUAAGGAAAUCUGAAGUACAAAAACAAGCACACCCUUCCAUGCACAACAUAAACCUGAGUGGAAACACACACACACACACACACACACACAUUCUGAUUCUGAACAGCCUCAUUUACUGGAUCUGGAUUGAAUCCAGUUUAGUAUUUUUAUUCUCAUUCUAGUCAUGAAAUUCUUACUUCAAUAAUUGAUGUCAUUCUUUUUUUUAACCACUUUUGUAUGUUUUCAACAAGUCUUGACAUUUUAAACGGGUCAUAAUUUUUAUGUUUUUGUGAUUUAAUGUGUCUUACAUUUCUUAAUACUGAGUCAAAAGCAUUGAAUCACUGACAAUGUAGGACUGUAGCUGCCAAUGAACUAUAUGCACAAAUGUGAAGUUGGCAAACUUAUCCUAACUUCAUCACAGCUCACAGAGCCCACACAAAUCUACAUUGCUGGCGACCGCAAAUUUGAUCAGGCUGCAAGCCAACCAUCUACACUUUGUUCUUGAAAUUGUCCAAGCUAAAUUUUGUUCCCUAGAAAAUCUUUUUUGUGACGUAUAGUGCCAGUUUACUUACUUCCUACCAAUUUUAAUUUAGAAGAGACAUUUAAUGCCAAAUGACUUUCCCUGACCCUUCACGAACAGGUUCUGUGAUUGGUUGGUUCUAGAUAUUAAUCCUUUAUUUCAACUCCUAUUCAGUGAUCCUUUGCAAAUAGCGUCAGCUCUCCCUUUACCCAGUAAGAGUGGAGUAGAGGUUACCGCAAAGGUGAUUUUACAGAGUGAGGUGGUUUUAGUGUUCAGUGUUAUUAAAGACGUUUCCUGCAUUGAAGAUAUCUGAAUAAUUUGGAAAAAGACCUAUUGGAUAUUGGAUCCUAUUGGAUAUUAUUUGAUUGUAAAACAAACAACAAUUUAUGUAUUUAGUGGAAAAAUAAAAAAUAGAUUUUCUAGUCUUAAAAUGUAUAGAAAAGUAAAUAUCAAAUACAGAAAUUGCUAAAUAUGUUGUGGCUUAGUAAUUGCUGACAUUGUGCCAUAGUCAUUCAUUAGCACAUGUAU